UAAAUGCGCUACUUGUAUACACAUUUCUAUUUAUAUAAAAUCAUGCAACGUAAGACUAUAUGUAAACAGUUUUAAAAGCAAUAGUUAUAUUGAGAAAUCAAGUUAGAGAACUUUUAGACUGUUUUGUUUGAUCGAUUUGAGGGUUGGAUUGAAAUAAUGUAUGUUCAACUUAAUAAAUCUGUAAAAAUGAAAGUUGCACAACCUCCAGGAACAGUUGAAUAUAUUGUAAAAACCACUGAUACCCUAGCAAGUAUUUCUUUACGAUAUAACACUACUCCAUCAGAGCUCUCCAGGUUGAAUCAUCUCAAUUCAUAUCUUUUGUGGCCUGGACAGUCACUUUUUGUACCCAAGGGAUGUAGAGAAAAAGACUCUUCAGAUGUUGAGUUGGAUGAUUCGUCUAAUUACCUUCAUAGUAUUCCAAAAAAUGUGUCUCAUCCAGCAAAGUCUGCUGUUCAUUCAUCAAGGGAUGAAAGUUCGGAUUUCAUAUUUGAUUUUCAUAAAGAUGAUGAUGAACUUUCCAGAAAGUAUUUGAAAGUUUAUUCAAAAUUAAUUACAGAUGGUCAGGGUAUUGUAUCAGGUGUGUUUUUAAUUACAAAACAAACAGUAAUGUUCAACCCAGAUGUUUCUGAUCAUUUGGUAAUAGAGCAUGGAAGACAGCCCUACAUAAUAAAACUUGAUAUAAAAGCCAUCAGAAAAAUUUCUUUUUAUGAAGAUAUUGCAGAUAUGGUUACUGAUAAUAUUAAAAUGCAGUUUUUGCCUUCUAAAUGUCUGAAUUUAAAUAACUUAGACCCAGGCUUACAUACUUAUCCAGGAGUAAUUGUAUGUGAAGAAACUGGUAAAGAAUUUAGUUUAGCUGCUAUGCAUAAAACAUAUAGUAAAGAUAAUUCUAUACAAGAUGAUUUGCAAGUUAAUUGUGUUGAGACCAAUACUCAAAAUCAAAAUACAGAUGAUGUGCAUUCUGAGGGUAAAAUUCAAGAUUCUGAAGAUGCGCACAUGCAUCAGGGUUCAUCAGUAUUAAAAGUAUGUUCUUCCCACAAUGAUUCAAUUCUAAUGGAAGAUAGAAAUUUAUCAAGCACACCAAAACAUUCUUUAAAACAAGAAGGUAUUGAAAUUCAAUUUAAACAUAUAUCUGAAGAUUCAAGCAAAAAUCAAAUCGAACUUUUAUCAUCUGGAAAAUCUGUUGAUGAUCACAAACACUUUAUUAAUCUUGAAAAAAGUUCAUUAGUUUCUGUGAAAUCAGGGGAAACCUCCCCUGAUUCUGCUUAUUUAACUGCUCAAAGCAUUUCAAGCACCGAAAUUUCUGAUACAGAGAAACUUUAUCCUGUAUUAACAAAUCAGAAUUUUAAUAUAAAUAAAAGAAAUAUUGACUUAAGUAAAGAUAGUGGAAUAUCUGAUAUGCACCAUUAUAGCAGCCAAGUUAGCCAAGAUGCACACCAUUUGUUGCAAACCACUUCAUCUAUAAUCAAUGAAGCUCAUGAAUCUAAAGAUUCAUAUGCUGAUUCACUUUUUGAUUCUCAUACAGAACUUCAACCUCAUGAUGUUCCAACGCUAACACAUGGUCUGGAGCUCUGUGAAAAUAGAAGGUUAACAAUGCAAAGACUUUAUAAAAUUAGAAGAAAUGCAGUUUCAAGAAAAAAUCAAAUUGAGCAUUAUGUGGAUCCAAUGAUUUAUCUUUCAAUAAGUGUUGGAAAGAAUUAUUGGGUUCAUGAUGAUUCUAAAUUUGUUAGCAUUAUGGGUGUUCCACAAAAUCGCAAUGUAAAAAAGAUGCAACAUUGGUUUGCAAUACCCAAAGAAUGGGUGGAUCAAUUAUACGAUUUUUUAAUUCAUUGGGCACCUAAUCUUAAAAUAAAUCCAUAUUUAACAUUGGAUGAUAUUGAUCAGGAUCUUUUAACAUCACAAUCAACAUCUCCAUCAGCUAUUGAGAAUUUGUUAAUGGUUGAUGAAUCUGGCAGAAGCAGCAAAAGUGGAAGCAUAGCCAGUUUAGGAAGUAUAACAAGAAGUGAUGCAGAUGAAGACUUGGAGUUAUUUGAAAACUCAACUUUGUUAUCCAAAAGACAAUCUUAUGAGCUAUACCGUAGACUUCCUUCACGAGCAGUCGGUCAUUCUUGGGAACUUGUUUACAGUACAUCAGUUCACGGAAUUAGUUUGCUAACUUUAUACAGAAAUUUUCAGUCAUAUGAAUCUCCAGCUCUCAUUAUAAUAAAAGAUGAAAAAGAUGUGGUAUUUGGUUCAUUUUUGUCAGAACCUCCAAAAAUUAGUGAUGGAUUUUACGGCAAUGGAGAAUCAAUGUUGUUUUCUUUUAAAGAUAGAAAACUAAAGAUUUACAAGUGGUCUGGAAAAAAUAACUUUUUUAUUAAAGGCUCAAAAAAUAGUUUUGUUAUUGGUGGUGGCGAUGGUAUUUUUGGGUUAUGGCUUGAUGAAGAUCUUGACAGAGGACGAUCUCAUUCCUGUCGAACGUUUGAUAAUUUAACUUUAUCUGGUAAUGAAGACUUUAAGUGUGCUGGACUAGAAGCUUGGGGAAUGAUAUAAUCAAACCGAAAGUGUUAUGUGGUUGAAUGUUUUUUAUGACAUUUCUUAAUAAGGAAUUAUUUAUUAUUACGUUUCCGAUUGGUGGGCAACUUAACAUUGAAAAAUAACUUUUGAGUAUUUUUAUGAACUUGAAACAGUUUUUAAACUAUUUCAUAA